AGGAAGAAGACUGAAAGGAGCACCUACGGCUCCGUAUAGAGUGGAACGCAAUGGAGGCAAUGAGCGCUAACACCAAAAUAGUUAUAAUAGGAUGCGGUAUAUCCGGAAUAUCUGCGGCUCACGGGCUCUUUACAGCUGGAUUUCACAAUGUGCGGAUACUGGAGGCGACAGCGAGGAGCGGAGGAAGAAUCAAAACUGGAGCUUUAGGUGAUAGGAUAGUUGAAAUUGGGGCAAACUGGAUCCACGGACCAUGCAAGGAGAACCCAGUGUUUUGUUUGGCCCAGCAGUACGGACUCCUGGACCCAGAGGCCCUCACCCCCGAAAACCAGGCCAUGGACGUCGGAGGACACCCCCCCUGGGUACCCAACUUCUUCAGCAGUUCAGGUCGGAAGCUCAAUGCUGCGGACGUCUUUCCUGCUCUGGAGAUGUUUGCUGAGUUGCUGAAUGAAGGUUCAGAAUUUCAAAAUCAAGGAGGAGAACCCUUCUCCAAUAUGGGAGACUUCAUCCGGUCAGAGGUGCAACAACGAUCAGAAGAGAAAUGGAAAGAUAUCGACGCAGACACCAGAUCUCUGCAGCUGUGUACGAUCAGCAACAUGCUGAAGGUGGAGUGCAGCGUUAACGGGGCCCACAGUUUGGAUGAGGUGGGCCUGGGGGCCUAUGGCCUUUAUAAGACUCUUCCUGGACUGGACUGUACAUUCCCAGGCGGCUUUGAAGGUAUCGUCAAAAACUUGUUAUCGGAGCUUCCCGGGGGUUUGGUGUCGUACAGUCGGCCAGUGCGCCGUGUCCACUGGAGCAACUCGGAGAAGAGGGAAAACCCUGUGGAAGUUGAGUGUGAUGAUGGGGAGAAGAUCACUGCCGACCAUGUUAUUGUCACAGUACCUCUAGGAUACCUGAAGAAGCACCAUUCAACCCUGUUUGAUCCUCCUCUCCCGCUGCACAAGCUGCACUCCGUCCAGAGACUGGGUUUCGGAACAAACAAUAAAAUAUUUGUGGAGUUCGAUUCCCCGUGGUGGGACGCUGACUGUGAGGUCAUCCACCUUAUAUGGGAAGAUGAGGAUGCUGUUGUGGACAUGGUGCCAGACGUUCAGGGAUCCUGGAUAAAGAAGCUGUUUGGCUUCACUGUGCUGAAACCCACUGAAAGGUAUGGACAUGUGCUCUGUGGCUGGAUAGCUGGACAUGAGUCAGAGCACAUGGAGACACUGACUGAGCAAGAGGUCACACAUGCUGUCACACAACUCAUCCGUAGGUUUACAGGGAACCCGACCGUCAGCCCGAGGAGAGUCCUGCGCUCCCAGUGGUUCCAUGACCCCUGGACAUGCGGCUCCUACAGUUACCCUGGAAAAGGCUGUUCGGAGCAGGACCUGGAGAACAUGAGGGAGCCCCUACCUGUGAAGGGAUCCCAGUCAAAACCCCUGCAGGUGCUGUUCGCUGGAGAGGCUACUCAUCCCUGCUUCUACUCCACCGUCCAUGGAGCUCUUCUCAGUGGGAGGAGAGAAGCGGAUCGGCUCAUCUCUCACUACUCCUCCGUCAGUGAGCCGCUCAAGUCCAAGCUUUAAAAGAAAAAUGCUGCAUUGACAAGAAGAGUUGAUUGUGUAGAAGCUGCUGUUUAUAUAUGUUUGUCACUUAAAAAAUCGGAAAGUUCCCGAGAGUGAAGCACUGUAUAGUUUGAUUUCAAUACUGAAUUUGAUAAAGUUUUCAGAUUAUCAAUUGAUUUUAACUUAGAAGUUCAUCUAGUCAAUGAAUUGAUUAAUUAACACAUUUCUUUUUCAUUUGUACUGCUUUUGAUUCAUUUUGAAUUAUAAUGUGAAAUGUAAGUGGUUCUAGAAAAGUGUUGAAGAACAUAAAGGAAUUUGUGUUUAUAUUAAUGUGUCAUUAAAAAUGACAAGCCAAAGCGGUCAAGUGAAAAACUUAAAGACGCAAACAUCACAAAAAAUAUCAUGUAAUAAGAAGAAGUUGGCAAAGUCAGAAUAACAUGUGUAUGUGGAUUUCAUAAAGUCAAACCUACUGUGAAAUGUAUUGACGGUGUAAGCAUCCAGCUGAGAUCAGCAACAUGGAUGCUGAGAAAUGACAGACUAAAGAAGAUUGUGGCCUUAUCUUAUAUUAUACAUUAGUAUUAUUACCAUACCAAGAGUAUUCCGCAGGAAGAAAAACACUCAGGGUGAACUCAGAAGGUUUAGAUGAGAAGAUAUUAGUCUGAAGAUUCUAUAAUCCGUCAGGGUCAGAGAAGCUUGAUGACACUUGAUUUUCUCUCUGUUCUGUUUUGAGUGUGAAUGUGGUCUGUGACUCAUUUUGUGAUUCUGACGUUGAGCGCUGCCUUUGUCUAUGAAAACAAGAAGUCAUUAAAACAAAAUAAAUGUU